GCCUGCAGGUUUACUAUAUUUUCUCCUUGACCUUGAUUCGAAAAAUUAAAUACAAUUUUUUUGUUAGCCUCCUAGUGAGCUUGUGUGCACCGGAAAAAAAAUUACUACCGACAAUUCCGCAUUUGACUUUGGAUGCCGAAAGUCUAAGGGAGUAAAAAUACAUUCAGUUGUGUCCACCAUAUUUCUCAUACUGCGCCAAAUCGUAAUGGCUUCUUAAAAAUACUUUCGGGACAAGCAUAAGCAGUAGUCUUCUGCUGCUCUGACAUUCUGGCUUUGUUUCUUGAAAACAUAAAUUUUAUGUAUGGGGGAAUCCAGUCGCUUGUUCUUUUCUCGACAAUAGUAAAAGGCCCUUCCGCAUCACCAUGAGUUUGCAGGCCGAUGUCGACUUUUUGCCGAACUAAACGCUGAAACUGGAUCGCCGUAGGGUUGUUUGUUUGUGUUUGGACGCCAAAACAGACGCCCCCCUCCGCAGAAUGCAACCAACCAAAAAGAAACGAUUUAUGGAAGGUGCUGAAGACUGCAGAAAGGGGUCUUCAUCGAUGAGUGAGAAACAACGAAAUGUCAUGCUGGAGUUUUUGAGUGAGAAUCCCAGUAUGAUUCGUGAUAGAUCUGUGGGUGGAACAUCUAACAGGCCCAAUAGAGAUGAACUCUGGGAAAAGUUGGCAACUGUUUUAAAUUCUUGUGGGUCAGGAGCACAGAAGGAUGGAGCUGGAUGGAGGAGAUCAUGGCAGGACCUAAAGCGUUAUGAAAGCCUCAAAGCAAAAGAAUCCAUGGCCAGAUUGGGAAAAUCGUCAGAGUGUCAAGAAUCACCCACAAUAUCACUGUCACCUCUUCAGGAGAAAAUUGCAACUCUUUUGAACAUAUCCAUAAAAGUGAGUAUGAGGAGCCUGAACCUAUCUCAGACAUUUCUAACAGACAUGCAUCUCAACAUAGGAUGUAGGAAUAGCGGUAGCAAAAAACUCACAAACAAUACACAUUUGAAGGUAUUUAUCACAUUCUUUAUACAAACUUUACAGCAAAAUAGCAUUUGUGAAACAAUUCCAACUGGGGCCUUAAACAUACACUCAUUUUAAAAUUUAAAAUCAGCUGCAGUACUCUUUGAAUCUCAUCCCUAUCACUGGUAAUUAAUUGCAUGUUCAAGUCGACAAUUCAGCAACCUUGUGAUAAAACAUUUUCUUAUCAAAGUA